AAUAACCAUAGAAAAUAGAAAUGAAACAAUUAUUAUUCUCUUCUUGUGCUUCAUUUUUUAUUAUGUCACUUCUAGUUCUUCAACUUUGCCCUACGGCCAUUUCUCACUCAAAACAGGUCCCUAAAGAUAUCACAAAGCUCAAAAAAUGGGAAGCUGACAAUAUUAAAGACUUCAACGCCCAAAAAUCCGAUGUUUCAAAAGGCAUUCCACGCAUCGUUUUGGAUAAAAGAUUGGCUGCCGCGGAAAACUCCGUUAGGGUUAUCACAGUUGCGAAGCACAUUUUUGCAGAUUUUGAAACUAUUAAUGACGCCGUUAAUAGUAUUCCUGUUAAUAACAAGCAAAGAACCAUAAUUUGGAUCAACGGUGGAGAAUAUUGGGAGAAGAUUACUAUUAAUAUCUCUAAGCCUUUUAUUACGUUUUAUGGUGAUCCUGAAGAUAUGCCUACGAUUGUUUUUAACGGGACGGCGGCCGUCUAUGGUACGGUUUAUAGCGCCACCGUGGCGGUGGAAAGCAGAUACUUCAUGGCCGUUAAUGUUGCAUUUGUGAAUUCGGCUCCGAUGCCAGAUGUGAACAGAACCGGAGCACAAGCGGUGUCAAUGAGAAUAUCAGGGGAUAAAGCAGCAUUUCACAAUUGCAAGUUCGUCGGAUUUCAAGACACCUUAUGUGAUGAUAAGGGACGGCAUUUCUUUAGAGACUGCUAUAUUAUUGGCACCGUAGAUUUCAUUUUUGGAAAUGGAAAGUCGCUCUACUUGAACACAACUAUAGAAAGUGUUGCUAAAGAUACAGGAGUGAUCACAGCUCAAGCUAGACAAAAUGUAAGUGAUGACAGCGGAUUCACAUUUAUACACUGCAACUUAACGGGCAUCGGCAACAAUACUUACCUCGGCCGGGCUUGGAAGGAGAGCCCUAGAGUGGUGUUUGCAUAUACUUACAUGGGCAGUCUCAUAAACGAGGCCGGAUGGUCUACCGGCAAGCACCCGGAAUCCAAUCGAAGUGCAUAUUAUGGAGAGUACAAGUGUGAGGGAGCAGGGGCUUUCUCCUCAGGUAGAGUGAGUUAUGCAAAAUUAUUAAGUGAUGAAGAAGCUAAACCCUUUUUGAGCAUGACUUAUAUCAAUGGCAACAAAUGGCUUAUUCCUCCUCCAAAUAUUUGACAUCCUUCACCAAAUUACACUAUUAACCAAUAUUAUUCUUGUACAUUAAUAUUUUUUGAUAAUUAAGAAGAGAGAUAGUGGGGAAGAAAAUGAACCCGC